GUGUAAAUGCAUCAGCAUGGACAUGAUGAAGAUAGAGCAGGUCAUCGUUGGAAAUGAGAAGAGGUCCAACUCGGCAGAAAUCAAGUCCGAGCCGGUGGUCCCCCCUGUGCAGCCCUAUCAGCAUGAGAGUCUGCAGUGUUUCCAGUGCUUCAUUACCUUCUGUAACUCCAAAGCCAAGGAGAGGCACAUGAGGAAGAGUCAUCGGGACCAGUACAAGCAGCAGCUGCAGCAGACUAAUACAGUCUUCACUUGCUACAAGUGUGACAAGUGCUUCUCCUCCUCUGAGGAGCUCAGCCAGCACCAGGCCACCCACAGCACAGAGGAGAAGCCCUUCUGCUGCCCGUACUGCCGGAAAAGCUUCUUCACCUUCACAGAGCUGAACAAACACAGACGACAUGAAUGCAUAGAGCGACGGUGUCCCUGCAGGGACUGUGGCGCCUUGUUCCCCAGUCCCUCGCGGCUUCGCAACCAUCGCAUCGCGGUGCACCCCCAGCGCCCCGUGGUGGCCGACGACAUCAACACGUACCAGUGCUGCAAAUGUGGUUGUGGUUUCCAGACAGAAGAAGAGCUCCUGCAGCACCAGGAAAAGUUUGCGAGUGAUCUAAACUGUGACGUUAAGCCUCAAGGCAAAAAACGGGGCCGUAAACCCAAGAACGCAGCUCAAGGAGGGGUGACUGACAGCAAGAGGAUCAAACAAGAAGAGGAGGCAGAGGGAUCCGAAGAAUGCAAUGAUUCUCCGACUGAAGGUUGCUCCUCCGCUGAGCUCAAAAUUCCCUGUUCUGAAGCAGGUUGUGAUCUCAUAUUCCCAUCUGUUGCAGCCCUGAGGGUGCAUAAGAGGGGGAAACAUGGACCUCCCACUCGCACGGCUGACACAUUCACACAGAGCGAUGAGAGUGAUGCUCAACCCGAGCAGCUCGAUGCUCAUGUGGCCAGAGCUCAGGACUCUGGUUACACCAGCCCGACCUGUGGAAAAAGCUUUGCCAGGGAGAGUGCCCUUAAGGCCCAUCAGAACACCCACACUGAGGGAGAGGAUGAAGCAGAGAAUAGAUAAUAUAUGGGAAACAGACUGCAGUCUCGUCCUACAUCAUUCAUCUAAAUGAUUGUCGGUGUAGGAAGAUCUUUUAUGUGAAAAGUUUAGGGUGAGAGUUUGGUGAAGGUUAUGCAACACAGUUUUUUAAUUGCAUUUGCAAACACAUCCUACACUUGUGAAUAAAACUCUACUGUUCUGUACAUAACUGUGAUUUAUGUUCAUUGUGAAAUCCAGACCCUUUUUGCCGUCCUUAUUACCUCUAUUCUACCUGAAAUGUUUUUUAUUCAUUGUAGAGUAACACGCUAAUUCUCCCUUAACUGUGGGAAUGUUUUAUAUUUACCUGAACUGUUUUAUUUUCAGGAGAACUCAGAAAUGUGACCAUUGCACAAAAGAACUAAGACAUAGCAUAAUAUAAUCCAAGAAGUGGGCCAUGUGUAUAGGAUGCUCUACUACUGGACUUCAGUGAUGUUGUCUUGAGGUCUUAUUUUCUCUUUAAAGAAGUAGAUAGUUGUUGCAUUAAACACUAGUCAAAUUUC